AUGUCUCUUCCUAUUGCUUAUGAUUCGGUGACGAAGAAGGUUCAACUGGAUGAGAAUGCUAAGUUCGAUGAAAAUAGAGACCUUCAGCUAGAGAUUGACCAGUUGAACACAUUAAUGAAGGACUACGUCAGCAUCAAUUCAGACGUGCCCCCACUACCUACUCCCCAAUCAUUCACGAAGAACCUCUCGUUGAUGGUUAAAAAGAUGCACACAAGUGCGACAAAUCUUAUGAAGCAAGGAAAGUUUAGAGACGCUUCUAAACAAUACGGAAUAGCCCUAGGUCUUGCUAUGGCCAGACCCAAGUUCGAGAAUUUCCAACUUACAAUGUCCGAGGCAAUUAUUUGUCUUAUAGGAAGAUGCGAUGCUCUUAUCAUGGAUAAGGAUUUCUUGGCAGCAUAUCAAGAUGCUGAAAUUUUGAGUCAAUUAGCUGCAGGUGUCCCUGAGAGUCAUUUACGCAAAGGUGUGUGUGAAUUAAAGCUUGGUAAUGCACUUGAGGCCAAGGCUGAUUUUGAGAGGGGUCUCUGUUUCAAACCAGACCAUACAAAACUACAGCAGCAUUUAAAGUUAGCAGAGGAUGUAAUUAGAAAGGAGAACGGGGAUUAG